AUGUCACAGCAACCAGCAGAAAAUAAGUUAUGGGGUGGUAGAUUCACUGGUGCAACUGAUCCGUUGAUGGACUUGUACAACGCCUCAUUACCAUACGAUAAAAUUAUGUACAAGGCAGAUUUAGAAGGUACUAAGGUAUACACUGAGGGUUUAAACAAGAUUAACUUGCUUACCAAGGAAGAGCUUUCAGAAAUUCACAGAGGCUUAAAGGAAAUUGAAAAAGAAUGGGAAACUAACACCUUUGUCGAGAAGGCUGGUGAUGAAGAUAUCCACACUGCCAACGAAAGAAGAUUGGGAGAAAUAAUUGGGAAGCACAUUGCUGGUAAAGUGCACACUGGUAGAUCAAGAAAUGAUCAAGUGGCCACAGAUAUGAGAAUCUACGUCCGUGAAAGACUCACCCAGCUUUUGCAAUUUCUUUCCGAAUUUGUUAAGACUAUCUUGAAGAGAGCCGAACAGGAGAUCGAUGUAUUGAUGCCUGGCUAUACCCACUUGCAAAGAGCCCAGCCUAUCAGAUGGUCCCACUGGUUAUCCAUGUAUGCUACCUACUUCACCGAAGAUUUCAAGAGAGGUAAGCAAAUCUUGCAAAGAGUUAACCAAUCACCAUUAGGGUCAGGUGCCCUUGCUGGUCACCCUUACGGUAUCGAUAGAGAGUUCUUGGCUCAGGGUUUGGGCUUCGAGGCUCCCAUUGGUAACUCAUUAACUGCUGUGAGUGACCGUGAUUUCGUCGUUGAGACCUUGUUCUGGUCAAGUUUGUUCAUGAACCACAUUUCCAGAUUCUCUGAAGAUUUAAUUAUCUACUCCACUGCCGAGUUUGGCUUCAUCCAGUGCGCUGAUGCUUACUCUACUGGAUCUUCGUUGAUGCCUCAAAAGAAGAAUCCAGACUCUCUAGAAUUAUUGAGAGGUAAGUCAGGUCGUGUUUUCGGUUCCCUUGCUGGGUUCAUGAUGUCUCUUAAGUCCAUCCCAUCUACCUACAACAAAGAUAUGCAAGAGGACAAGGAACCAUUGUUUGAUGCUUUGACCACUGUAGAACACUCUAUCUUGAUUGCUACUGGUGUCAUUUCCACUUUGUCCAUUAACAGGGAAAGAAUGGAAGGUGCUUUAACUAUGGAUAUGUUGGCCACUGACUUGGCUGACUACUUGGUCAGAAAGGGUGUUCCCUUCAGAGAAACGCACCACAUUUCUGGUGAAUGUGUUAGAGCCGCUGAAGAAUUAAAACUUUCUGGUAUUGAUCAAUUAACUUUAGAACAAUUCAAGAAUAUUGAUGAAAGAUUCAACGAAGAUGUUAAGGAUGUUUUCGAUUUCGAAGCUAGUGUUGAAAGAAGAACUGCAACUGGUGGUGCAGCAAAGUCUGCUGUUUUGAAGCAACUUAAAAACUUGGACAGUCAGUUAAACUAG